AAAGUACAUAAGCAUCCUAGCCUAACGCUGGAGAUUGACUUCUGCUGUGUGAGAGAUAGCCUUCUUACUCCCUGUGCUCUUUGCCCAAUUCAAGAUUCAGGGUGGCUUUUAUUUCUUUCUUUUGCUGUCUGCUGUGUUAAAAAGGGUUGCUUGCAUGACAGUCCGAAAAGGAGAAAAAAUGGCCAUAAGCAUUCAGGAGCAUAUGGCUAUUGAUGUCUGCCCAGGUCCUAUUAAACCUAUUAAACAAAUCUCUGAUUACUUUCCUCGUUUUCCUCGUGGUCUUCCUGCAGCUGUGAGCCGCAACAACUCUGUGCAUUCCACUGUCAGCCAGCCUUCUGUCACCCAGUCAGAGGCUACAAAGGAUGAGGAAGAUAUGGACAAAUUAUUUGGGGCAUACGGAGCUGCAUCUGCUGCACCUACCAAACAUGAAGAGGAGACCGAGGCUGAAGGCUAUGAAUCUGAUGACUCCACCACCCUGGGUACAUUAGAUUUCAGUUUGCUGUACGACCAAGAAAACAAUGCUCUUCAUUGCUCAAUAAAUAAAGCAAAGGGCCUGAAGCCAAUGGACCACAAUGGGCUUGCUGAUCCAUAUGUCAAAUUACAUUUGCUUCCUGGAGCCAGUAAGGCCAACAAACUAAGGACAAAGACUUUGCGAAAUACUUUGAAUCCCGUCUGGAACGAGACUCUCACUUACUAUGGGAUCACUGAUGAAGACAUGGUACGGAAGACAUUAAGAAUUUCAGUAUGUGAUGAAGAUAAAUUCCGUCAUAAUGAGUUUAUUGGUGAGACCAGAAUUCCACUGAAAAAACUAAAGCCGAAUCAAACGAAGCCUUUCAACAUUUGCCUGGAGAAACAGCUGCCAAUAGAUAAAACAGAGGACAAGUCACUGGAGGAGCGUGGUCGGAUUCUCAUCUCUUUGAAGUACAGCUCACAGAAAACUGGGCUUGUCGUUGGCAUUGCACGAUGUGCACAUUUAGCAGCUAUGGAUGCAAAUGGCUACUCAGAUCCUUUUGUAAAAAUGAACAGAAAUGUUGUAAAAGACCAUGGAGGGCCAAUUAAAACUAAUUUCAAUGCUCAUCAAUUCUUUGUUACCUUUACCUCUUCAUGUUGGCUAUUCUUUCUCUUCCUCAUUUCACUGUCUUGUAGCUCAUAAGUAAAUAUUUUAAUGUAAAGUAGAAGUAUGCAUCCAAAUUGAUUAAAAUACCGAGGCUUCUAUAUGUAUCAUAUAUUUUCAUGUGUAGGCUUUACCUUUUGUGUCUGUUUUAUGCCUUGUAAAUUUGUGGAUAAAAUUUACCAACUGGAA